GUUCGGGCAAACCUGGUCACGUGGUAGAAAGUGGCAAGAGGACGGGAUCAUUUAUCAAAGUUUAAGGUUAUAUGUGUGACUUUGUCCUCAGGGAGAUUCCCCUUCCUCCUCCUCCUCCUCUUUACCUGCACGAUAAGUCAACACCUUCAGUCGUGGAGAGGAUGUCCAACCUGCCGGAUAUUCCUGCUCCGCGUAAAUUCCACUGGAUCCAAGAAGGAAGCGAGGACACGUUUAGCGGCUUGGAGUUCAGAAGUUUAGUUCUGGUUUCGUCCGAUGAGAAGAUUUCAAAGUGUUAAAGACACAAAGAAGAAACAUGUUUUCCUUCCUGCGCUCAGGCAGAAACCCCGCUCCUGAGCAGAUCCACAUUACCUCGCUACCUCCCAGUAUUCCCACAGACCAGGAGCCAGAGCAAGCUGAAGGACAAGUGGAUGACGUGGUUGAAGAGAAAGGGGUGAUCCAGACCACAUACACUCACAGAGUACACUCCACACCCUCGGUCUUCCUCCAGAAUCACAAUGAUGAGCCUGUUUCCAGCACUUACUUUGAUGAGAAAGUCCCUGUCCCUGAGGAGGACGGCGAGAGGUGGAUAAGUCUCCGCAAGCUCUGGGCCUUCACCGGCCCGGGGUUUCUGAUGAGCAUAGCCUACCUGGAUCCAGGUAACAUCGAGUCUGACCUGCAGUCAGGUGCCAAAGCUGGCUUCAAGCUGCUCUGGGUGCUGCUGGGUGCCACCAUCGUCGGCCUGCUGCUGCAGAGGCUGGCGGCUCGGCUAGGCGUGGUCACCGGGAUGCACCUGGCUGAAGUCUGCAACCGCCAGUACCACACUGUGCCUCGUAUCAUCCUGUGGGUGAUGGUGGAGCUGGCGAUCAUCGGCUCAGACAUGCAGGAGGUCAUCGGCUGCGCCAUCGCUUUCAAACUCCUCUCCUCUGGCAGGAUCCCCUUAUGGGGGGGUGUCCUCAUCACCAUCACUGACACGUUUGUCUUCCUCUUCUUGGACAAGUACGGUCUGAGAAAGCUGGAAGCCUUUUUUGGUUUCCUCAUUACAAUCAUGGGGAUCACAUUUGGAUAUGAGUAUGUAACAGUGGGUCCAGACCAAGGCCAGCUGCUGAAGGGGAUGUUUGUGCCGUACUGCGAGGGCUGCGGACCCGUCCAGCUGACUCAGGCCGUCGGCAUCGUGGGCGCCGUCAUCAUGCCUCACAACAUUUACCUCCACUCUGCUCUCGUCAAGUCUCGAGAAGUAGAUCGGUCAAACAAAAAAGAGGUAAAAGAGGCCAACAAAUACUUCUUCAUCGAGUCGACCGUCGCACUGUUUGUCUCUUUCCUCAUCAAUGUGUUUGUGGUGGCCGUCUUUGCUGAGGCUUUCUAUCAGCGCACAAAUGAAGAGGUGUUCAAUGUCUGUAAUCAAACAGGCAGUCCGCAUUUAGACCUGUUCCCUCUGAAUAAUGAAACUCUCAAGGUGGACAUCUACAAAGGGGGAGUGGUGCUCGGCUGUUUCUUUGGCCCAGCUGCUCUCUACAUAUGGGCCGUGGGGAUCCUUGCAGCUGGUCAGAGCUCCACCAUGACUGGAACAUACUCCGGCCAGUUUGUCAUGGAGGGCUUCUUAAACUUGCGCUGGUCACGUUUCGCUCGGGUGUUGCUGACCCGCACGCUUGCCAUCAUGCCCACCCUGCUUGUGGCCAUCUUCCAGGACGUGCAGCACCUGACGGGCAUGAAUGACUUCCUGAACGUGCUGCAGAGCAUGCAGCUGCCAUUCGCCCUCAUUCCCAUCCUCACGUUUACCAGUUUGCCAUCUCUCAUGAACGAGUUUGCCAAUGGACUAGUAUUUAAGAUAGGAGGCGGAGUGGUGAUCUUGAUCGUGUGUGCCAUCAACAUGUACUUCGUCGUAGUCUACGUGAGCAUGCUGGGCAGCGUGUGGCUGUACGUGCUGUCGGCUUUCCUGUCCAUAGCAUACCUGGUGUUUGUGGGAUACUUGGUGUGGUUAUGUCUGAUCGCUCUGGGGGUGUCCUGGCUCGAUCCGAGCACCAGGAGAGGGAACGACACGACCAUCCUGAUCCAGCGGCAGCCUGAGUUUGACUCAUGACAUUCGCGUCAAAGGUGCAUCUGUGGACAACCUGACUGACUGUGUUUAGCUCCAGAUGAAGUCUUAUUUAGUCCCAAGUUAUUUAUACGAGACGUUUGUUGACUUUCAGAUGAACUUUGACGUUUGGUUGGUGCUGUACAGAUUUUUUUUUUUUUAGUAAUGAAGAAACAAAUUUAUUUGUCACUGUAACUUUAUUAAAAGGUAACAUGCUGAUUGUGAAAAGCUUAGGUGAAUUUUAAAGAUUGACAGGUUUACAGACGUCUGAUGUUUAUAAUCAUUUUUUGAAGGACUUAAUAUGACAGAAAACAUGUCAGGACUUUUUUAAGAAACCAAACAGACUGAAUCCCUGUGAAGAAGAUUUACAAAUGAUACCCAGGCUUUUAAAAUCAGUGGUUUCAUGUUCAGGAGGGAGUUUUAAAGUUUUAAAGACAAAUUCAUGUCUUCAAAAAUGCCUUUCAACAACAAGGCAGUGACGUGCUGGAUUUCAGCAGACAUAUUUUAUUUUUACAGCUCACUAUCACACAUUUGCUCAAGAAGCUUCAGAAUCUCAGCAGCAUACGGAAUCUUCUGACAUGCAGCAGAGAUAAGGAGAAACUUCCCCAAAUGCAGGAAGUCGCUAAAGAAAAAAAGAGGUCAGGAAGAGCCGCUGAGGAAGGAUCCAGGAUGUUAUGCUCAGAAAAGCAACAGUGCAGACUUCCAAUGUGAACAACUGAGAUGACAAAAUUAGACCUUAAACGUCUGAAGAAGCUGAAUUUAUCGUAGAGGUGUUAAGACAUGAUGAAAAAAAGAAAUAUAAAAAUAAAUGAAGUAACAAAAUCAGCUAAAAUUGCACUAAUAUAAUUAAACAGGAGAAUAACGUGUAAGUCAUUAAUAAACAGACUCAAUUUUUGUUCUUAAACGGCGCUAGAAGUGUGCAAAAACAAAGUUUUCUGGAAGUUCACUUACAAACGCUAAAGACCGCUUCAAUCCAAGAAAUACAGUAAACAAACAUUUUUUGGUUUGGUUACAUUUUUUGUAUU